UUCUCCACCAUACUGGAAAUGAACUGCUCCCUUGCUGCUCUUAUAUCACCUGCUGCCACAUUUUUUAGUGGCCCUGGCUGCCCUCAGGAAUUUGUGGCAUGUGGGAUGAAUGUCUCCUGGGUUUUGGCGUAUGCCUCUACCAAAGAGCUGGAAGAGUUGUGUUUGAGUGAAGAUGAAUUCCUGGAAGGGCAGCUGGGGCUUCGGAAAUCACCGGUUUUCCUCCCUGUCUGUAUCACCUACCUCACCAUCUUCUUGGUAGGUGUUUUGGGGAAUUCCCUGACUUGUGCGGUCAUUUUGCGCUACAGGGUGAUGCAGACGCCGACAAACUACUACCUGCUGAGUCUGGCUGUGUCUGACCUACUGGUGCUGCUGCUGGGCAUGCCGUUAGAGCUGUACGAGAUGUGGGAGAACUACCCGUUUCUGCUUGGAGAAGGAGGUUGCUACUUCAAGACCUUCCUGUUUGAGACUGUCUGUUUCGCGUCGAUCCUCAACGUCACGGCUCUCAGUGUGGAGCGCUAUGUGGCAGUGGUGCACCCUCUCAAAGUCAAGCACAUGACGACACGUGCUCAUGUCAAGAGGGUGAUCUUGUUGUUGUGGGUGCUGUCCAUGCUAUGUGCUGGGCCAAACACCAGCAUGCAAGGGAUCGAGGAGCUGGAUCCACUGUUUGGACGAAGGUUUCCCCAAUCUGCCAUGUGCAAAGUGGUAAAGCCCCCGUGGAUGUACAACCGGAUCAUCCUGAUUUCUACGCUGGUCUUCUUCCUGCUACCAAUGCUGAUUAUCAGCAUUCUCUACCUGCUCAUUGGUCUGCAGCUGCACAGGGAGAAGCUGAUGACUGUGAUGGACUCCAGGAGUAGCUGUGAACCAGAAAGCCUCUCCAUGGCCCACCAGAAGAAGAUGAGCAAGCGCAACAUGCAAGUCACCAAAAUGCUGAGUGUGCUGGUCGUGGUGUUUGGAAUCUGCUGGGCUCCCUUCCACAUGGACCGCUUAAUGUGGAGCUACAUGGACACCUCUGAUGUGGAGCACCUUCACAUAUUCGGCCCCAUCCACAUCAUUUCUGGAGUUUUCUUCUACCUGAGCUCUGCCAUCAACCCCAUCCUCUACAACCUCAUGUCCACCAGAUUCAGAGAGAUGUUCAGUCACAUUACGUGCUGCUCGAAACGCUGGCAGACGAACUCCAGCUUACGGAUGACCCAACGCAGCACCGUGAGCAACAAAAUGACCAUUUGA